UUCCCAAUUUACGCACAGCGAACAUUUUUUGCCUUUUGGGAGUAUUGAGGAAAAAGUUAGUCAGUCGGCGGGUUUCUUAAGGUUCAGUUGUUUGGCAGUGUGACAUUUGUAAAAUUGUUUUUUUUACUGAAAGUAGAUUAGAGGACAUGUAUUAUUCAUGUCAUUACGGCCAUAAUACGAUGUUAGUUAUAGUUUAAUCGCAGCCAGUGCUUUAUUCGGGGGUUUGAGUAGUGUAUCAGGUGGUGACUUCGAAAUCAAAUCUAAAAAAAGUGGGGAAAGUCCUUGUCGAGUCCAUCGGCAUCCUCCAGAGGCUAGGAUUAUGUAAAUUCACUCUGUUGCGCUUUGUUCGCAUGGUUUCGUUCUGAAAUUCGAAUCUUCUGAGCAGCAGCAGCAGUGUGAACGGCAGCAGUAUUUGAUGUUCGGAUUAUUUGCCACCUAAUACCGCUAAAAGACGCGGUAGACGGACAACAAUUGUAAAAUCAACACUAUGAAACCAAUGGAAUGUUACCAUUAAGCUUGGAAAUAGUUGCUAUUAUCACUGUUCUAAUAGGGAUCAUUGUUAACGGCUAUAUACUACUCAUAGUUACCUUCACCAAGCAAAUUGCCUAUGUUAAUAAACUUUUGCUUUUACAUUUGGGUGUAGUUAACACUUUAAUAUGUUUUACGUACCUAACUUUCUACGUCAUGAGCUUGCUGAAUCUGCUCGUUUUGGUGGAUAUCGCAUGCAUUAUAUUCGGUUUAAGCUUUAAUAUUAUGCAUUCGGUUGCGUUAUGGAAUCUAUGCGCAUUAAACUUUGACAGGUACUUUGCGAUUGCAUCGCCCUUACACUAUGGAGCCCUUAUAAACACUAAAAAGGUGCUCAUCGGCCUAGGAUGCGGAUGGAUUGUGUCAAUAUUUUUUGCAUUACCUCAAUUGCUACAAGUUUCACCAUAUUAUUAUGACACGUUUUAUGAAUUCUGUCUACCAAACUAUAAAACUGCUGGCUCCUUGGUCUACAACACGAGCUUGACAGCGUUUACAAUAUUUCUUCCCAUAAUCCUCAUCUUUGGUUGCAACAUGAAGGUUCUAAUGAUUGCACGAUACCAACGACAUCGCAUCGCAUCAGCUAUUUUGGAAGUUACGCUAUCUGCUCAAUUGACAAUCACCCACCAGCGAAAUCCCUUCUUUAUACCGAGCUUCACAAGCGCCGUACAGAAUCCCACUGCUCUUAAAAUUCAUACUCACCACAGUCCUGUUUCAAGCAUAUUUCAAUUAGUUGGAUCGAUCAUUUUCAUCUAUUGUCCAUACUACUUCUGCAACUUGUGGAACAAUGUCAUCGAAGCAGUGAGAACGGAGGAGAAAAACAAUGUAGAGACUGAUUUACUUAUACCAAAAAUUGUUUUACAAAUCUCGGCCACGUUGCUACUGUUAUCUCCAUUUGUGAAUGCACUAUUGUAUGGGAUAAAAAACAAAAUCAUAAGAAAAUCUUUUCACAAUUUCUGGCGGAAGCAAAAGUCAAAGAUAGAAAUCCACUACGAAAUACAGGCAAGAACUCCAUCUACAUGCGGCUCGCGAAGACCUUCGAUCAAUGGUACAAAUUCUGCACAACCUCUUUUACAUAGACAAUUAUCAGAAACAUUUCUUGAAAUAAGCAAGGCUGAUAUUAACAAUAUACAAUCAGAUAUUAAGCUUAGGUCGGAAUCAUUAUGGUCAUCAAACUCUAAGCUUUCGAGUUACUCAGUAUUAAAUAGCCCAAUUGGAAACCAAACAACAUCCAAUUUAACACCAGGUCCGACAUUUAGUACAAACGAACCAAAGUUUGUAUACUUGAAUCCAUCUUCAUCGCCACCCCCACCUCCCCUCCGGCACAUGCUCUUGAACAUCCGGCAGUACCUAGCGCAAGUGGUUCUUCGAAGAUUUCAUGCAAUAUCAGGAGUACCGUGAGACAUUAUUCGACAAAGCCAAAAAUUAAGAUCACUAAAACAUUCUCAGAAGAAAAACAACCGUCCCCUGUGCACGGCAUUAAGCACCCAUUAGACGACACUGCAGUGAAAAUCCCACCAAAGAACACAAAGUCACUGUUCAACUUAGGACAACCUGAUGACAAUCUUAUGGUAGAUGCUAAAGAUCCUGAACCUAUAUUGGUCAGUCACUCUAAAACAAGAACAAUCAAUAUCUCACCUUUUAAAAGUAUUCAUCAUUGCAAGAAAUAUCAAUCGCCAGCACUACAGCCACUGUUUGUGAUAUCCUGAAAUAAAAUCAAGAGGGAAUUUGUUACUAGAGUCCAUUACAAAGUGAACUGUGGAUUGAUAGUAAGAGUAUAAUAGACUUGUUAUUAGUUUUAGAUAAAUGUUAAGCAACCGAAGCAUCUCAUUAGAUUUUAAUGCAUAUUAUUGUAGAUUCUGUAAGAUUACCCAAAUCAGAAAUAGAUAUCGAGAUAAAACGAAUCCGGAAGCAUCUGUUAGAAAUAAUUGAACGCACUGAAAAAUUGUGAGUCGCUGUCAAGUCUUUUCUCGAGAUUUCAAGUAAAUUAUGAAAUUCAGCUUAACUGUUUAACAACAUCUCUAAGCCAGUUCAAAACAGUAUUAUAAUACACAUUUUUUAUAAUUUGAUAUAUUCCUUUGUUUAAACCUUAAUUAACGAUCAACAAUAAUUAAUCAUUAAUUUUAAUUAUGGCCAAGAGAUCUUUAGUUUCGAUUAGGCGAUUUUUCCAUCAGUCCAGUGCUAUUUCUUAGAAAAGCCAAAGGGAGGAUACUUUUGCGUUGAUACUUUGAACUUACUGUGUUAAAAAAUCGAGAAAAAGCAAAGAUUUUGAAUCGACAAACUGAAUAAAUAAAAGAAGGGGUAGAUAAAGCUGAAAUCACUACGCACUAUUGGACUAAAAAGCCCAACAAUAUAAUGUUCGAGGUAGAAAACCAAAGCACUAAAAUUGAUUUCCAUAUGAUAAAAACCAACUCGUUGUUUGUAGCUUCAUAUUUUCAAAUAUAGAAUAAUUGUGAAUCGGAAAAAA